UUGUUUUGACUGAAAAUGCCGUCGGUUUCGAAAACGGCGGCCAAUGCGUCUCCUCAAACCGAGAAACCUACCCACUAUACAUACUUGAAGGAGUUCAGGACAGAGCAGUGCCCGUUGUUCCUCCAGCACAAGUGUACGCAGCACAGACCCUUUACGUGCUUUCAUUGGCAUUUUCUCAACCAGCGACGAAGAAGACCCAUAAGGAGGAGAGACGGAACUUUUAACUACAGCCCCGACGUGUACUGCACGAAAUACGACGAGACCACAGGCAUCUGCCCGGAUGGAGAUGACUGUCCAUAUUUACACCGGACCACUGGUGACACAGAGCGCAAGUACCAUCUACGAUAUUACAAGACUGGCACUUGUAUCCAUGAGACAGACGCUCGAGGGCAUUGUGUGAAGAAUGGCCUCCACUGUGCUUUUGCUCAUGGGCCACAUGAUCUCCGACCUCCAGUCUAUGAUAUCAGAGAAAUCCAAGCACAAGAGGCCCUUCAAAAUGGACAGUUGGGAUCUGGGGAAGGUAUUCCUGAUUUGCAGCCUGGUGUACUAGCCAGUCAAGCUAUGAUUGAGAAAACUCUGACAGAAGACCCCCGGUGGCAAGAUACCAACUUUGUUUUAGCCAAUUAUAAAACAGAUCAGUGUACUAAGCCCCCAAGACUAUGCAGACAGGGCUACGCUUGCCCCCACUACCACAACAGUAGAGAUCGAAGGCGAAACCCACGAAAGUUCAAGUAUAGGUCCACUCCUUGCCCAAAUGUGAAACAUGGUGAUGAAUGGGGCGAGCCUUCAAAGUGUGACGGUGGCGACAGUUGCCAGUAUUGUCACUCUCGCACUGAACAGCAGUUUCACCCAGAGAUCUACAAAUCUACCAAAUGCAAUGAUAUGCGACAAACUGGAUACUGUCCCAGAGGACCGUUUUGUGCAUUUGCACAUGUAGAAAGAAUUCCGUCAACAGAAGAGACCAUGAGCUCGUUGCUAACAGCGAUACAGUCGAGUUCACAGUCUCAGCUGGGCUCUCAGCAGUAUUCAGAGUGUCCAGUCACUGAGUGGAACAGUGGAGGAAACUCCACCACCAGCGCAACCAGUAGCAACGGACAAGUAGGAAGUGUUUCAUGUUCUAAUAGCUCAACUGUAACGCCAAGCUCAGGAAGCGACAGUUUGUUAUCCCCAGUGGGAUCCAUCAGCAGGCCCAAAUCCUUAACUAACAGUAGUUUAUGUUCAGAGUCCACCACAUCCAGUGUCUCAUCUCUGACGUCUAACUAUCCUAAAGCUCCGGGCUUUGAACGUGAGGAUCAGAUCAAGAACAAGGGACAGGUGGAUCAAAAAUUGAUGGACCAAGAUAAACAGACACAAAAUACUGUAUUCUCUGCGGUGAACCCUUUGGCAUCAAGCUUUACCUCUAGUAUAACAUCAAGCUUGGCCUCUAGUAUUGGCUCAGAUAGUUCUUCACCCACCACCUUAUCAACAAUGAAUGCAAAAGCCACUCCUUUCUAUCCAGGGAGCAACACAGUGGAGUCUGUCAUAGGAUCUGCACUGGACCUCAACUUUAGUGACAUUAAUGUUGCAUCUCUUGAUAAGGAGUUAGAGGAGCAAGAUAACAGUGUAGGACUUGCAAGUCAAAGGGUGCUAGGUGGAUCUGCUCCUGUUAACAUUCCCGGCUCCCUGGCACGAUCAUCCUCUUUCAAUUCCUCGUCAUCCCUCUCCACCUCCCCGCUAAGCUCCCUCUCCCAGUCUCUGUCGCAGUCCCUGCUCUCCGGGACGGUAUCGCAGCAAAAUCAACCUUCAAACAUGUUGGCAAAGCAGGAGCAUGGCCUACUGGGAACACCCACCUCCUCUUCCCAGAACUCUCUGGGAUUGAAUGGAGGAGCUAGCAACAUUUGGGACUUUGUAAGUGGCAGCUUUUCACCAAGUCCAUCUCCAGUUUUCAGCAGCCUCACCUCUACAACCAGCAGUGCUGAUCUAGCCCGCCUUUUUAGAGAACUGGAUGAGGCCAAGAGAAAGAUCAAGCAAUGGGAGGAGGCCUGGCAUCAGGUCAAACAAGCCUGCGAAGCUUGCCAGAAAGACGCUCACGAAGCAAAGGAGCAAGCAAAGACGGCCGAGGCAGAGCGGCAGCUGGCAGAACAGAAGUGGGAAGAAACAGAGCGCAAGCUGAAAGAGCUCCAGGGGGACUUUGAUGUGCUUUGUCGCACCCCUGGAACACCUCUUCUACGUAGCUAUGGAGAGCUGGAGCAGCUCCCCUUGUCAAAGCUUCACUCCAUCCAGAGUCAGCUGCGUAAUGACCUAGACGUUAUAGAUGGGGUAAUAUAUCAGCUUCAGUCAAAGAAAUGUAUAGUUUGCCAAAAGCAUGAUCGUUGCAUUGUUCUGCAGCCUUGCCAACAUUAUGUACUAUGUGAGAACUGUGCACCUAGUAAAACAGAAUGUCCCUACUGUAGAGCAAAAAUAUUGAAGUGGUGAUGUACAAUUACUCAAGGUACUAUUUAAAGAUUAGCCCUUUGAAAAACUACUAAUAGAUAUUACAUUUUCUAAACAGCAAUGUCUGUUUCGCACAGUGAUCUAAUUACUUUAGGAUGAAAUGAUGUUUGACUGACAAAACAGAUCGUAUUAUGAAUCACAUUGCAUCCAGGGGAUUCAAUCAUUCUAGCUUUUGCUCAUUUUAUGUCCACGUUACGUCGGUCAACCAGAUUGCUUUUCGUUUGAAAAGCCAUGCACUUGGAUUAGAAUAUUAAAUUAACUUAUAGUUCUCAAAUCUUCAGUCAUGAUACAUCAAGUUUAGAUUUUUUACAUUUUGGCCAAACACUCAUGCUUUUCCCCAAACGAUAGACAUGUUGCUGUUACUGUAUAUACAAGGACUGAGUAUGAGUGUAUAUUUAUGCCCUUGUGUUUUGCUCUUUAUUGACUAGAAAAUACUCCACUGCUCUUCUGCAUUAGUGGGGAUGAAGCUCUGAUCUCCUGAGGCAGCAUCUUUAUGCAUUUCGGGUUGCCCCAGAGUAAAUUUGAAAGCAUUUCAACCCCUAACUUUCCAGAAAAGACUGUAGAAAUGUGUAUAAAGUUAAUAAUAAGUUUAGGUUAGAAUCUGAAAUCUGUAACACAUAAUAAAAAGAAAAAACACUUUCACUCUAACUGUAAUAUUAUGUUGUAAAUUGAAAGUAGAGUUUUUAAAAAGACCCUCCGAUGUUUGUAACAUACUGCUUUGAGAUCAUUUUUGCUGUUGCUCUGAUCAGAACAUUUAUUAAUACAGUAGCAAAGAGUGCUUAAUGCUUGUAGCUUACUGAUUUUUAUCGCAGAAUGUAGACAUUUCUGCUUUUGUGGAUUAAAGCAGUCCCACGUAAUAACACAAAGACAAAGCCACUGUUAUGAUCACAUUUUGCCACCGCUGCUGGAGCUAUAGGCAUUUCAGGUUGGGAUCUCACUGGGAAGUCACUGUAAAUAUUGAAAACAAAGUCACGAGUUCACACAAACGAAUCUGGCGAUGUUCAACAUAAAAUGGGCAAAACUCAAAGCAGAUUUUUUUUUUUCUUUAAUUAAAGAGGAAUACAUGUAAAUCAAGAGAAUUUCUCCAAUCUGGAGUGUUUGGGAGCAAAUAAAAAAAAAACCAGACGUCCAAACACCUGAAAGUGACUGAUACUGAAUUCAGAAGUCGUGUGUUUUGUUUUAGCCUAAUUAGUGCGGAGCUGAAGGGGGGGAAUGUGAGCGCUGACACCAUUUCACAGAGAGUGGCGCCUCUAAAACUGACAAGAGGUUGGUUAUCAACUUCAUUGUACCGGAAAGCACCACAGCAUUGAGAAGCUGUGCGCUCUCCUACCCGAGUACACUUUUAUUAUUGAGCACCAAAUGAAAAAGUUUAGCUAAAGUAAAAAAGUAGAAACUCAACACAUUUGUUAAGUGCAUCGGUGCCGUCUUUAAAUCAGCAGCAGUAAAUCGGACUAAACACGGACACAUCAGAACAGUGUUCCUCUUUAAAUAAAGCCGCGUUUUGUUAAACCCCCAAAUCGAUUUUCAUGAACAAUUUUUAAACUCAACCAGUCAAGCAUCAUUAUUUUGACCAAUUUUUCUGAAGAAGUUUGAUUUCUUAUUAAAAGCACUUUGUUGACCUGGGACUUUAUUAAAGGGUAUAUAGAAAAUUUGCUUUAAGCUGCUUUGUAGGUAUUCUUUAGUGUCUUUUUUAGAUUUAUACAUUUCUUUUCUACAUAAGCUAAUGUCUGAAGCUUUUGUGUGUACUGUGAAACAUCAUUUGAAUAUUUCAUGUUUCCUAUUGUUAAAUCAUGGCAUGGUUCUACAUAUUAAGAUUUCAUAGAAAAGCACCUAAUAGUUUCUACUUUCAUAGUUAGAUUUAUAAAAUUUCAAUCAAAUAAGUGCAAAUUUAAACGGCAUUUUAGGCAUAACCAGCAGCUGUAAUAUCAGUAAGGCACAUGCUACAUGUUAAGGCUGUUAUUCAAUCAGUUAGUUUUGUUUUGUAGAAGUUUAUAUAGCCUAUCCAUUAGAGAAGCAUGUAUUGUAUUUGCUAUAAGCCUGAAAUGGUGAUUUUUUGUAGGAAUCUAGCCUCUUGACCUUGUCUAGAACAUAUCGGCCUCUAACUCUAAAGUGCCUUGCCUUAGUUGAGAAGGUUAUGUGUAGAAUCGUCAGAGCAAACACAAGUAGUUGAAGCUUGUGCACAGGUUUCUGCGGAAUUUGUAUUUAACUUUGCAGAAGCAUUGACAUGUGUAUGACUAUAUGUGUAUAUAUGAGUAUAUGCCAGCGUAUUUGGCCAAAUCCCAUUAAGUAUUUCCUCAGCAGAUAAUUGAAGACGAACAUUGUCAGUGCCUGUGUCCUGACUUCACCCUUAGAAACGAGCCUCCCCUCCGACUCCCCGCCCACCCACUCAUUCCUUUGGUUGUGGUGCUCUUUUGGUGCAGCUUCAGUCUUUGAAAUUAGGUUUUUCAAUUUAACGUUUGGGAGUAUGCAAACAUAGGACACACAAAUUUGUAUUGCAACGUACAAAAAAAACCGCUAUGUAAGCAGUUCAGUAACUUCAGUUUGUUUUUAUUGUAAUAAUUCUGCAGUGAAUGAAGAAUUCCAUCGUUAACUUGUAGGUUGGAUUUGUGCUUAGGUUCCUCUAAUUGAAAUGACCUUCUACUGUGUUAAAAAAAAACAACAAAAAAAAAAUCUUUUUAUUCUUGCUUUAAAUUCAGUAGAAAAUCAUUUAUCUCCAGGUACACUUUUUGCUACUUAUAAAUAUGGGAAAAUGCAUUGUUUACAUUCUCACAAAUGACAAUUAAGCAACUCAGAGGAAAAAUAUCAAGAAAAGGUUAUGGUAUUUUAGCAUUUUCAUGGUUAUAUUACAGCAUAAAAGGCAGGCUAAACACUUCUGGUAUUGCAUGUUAUGCGAUAUAUUAACCAGCUUAAAAAAAAAAAAACGGGAAAAAAAAAAAACAUGUUCGCACUGUGUCACACUGCCAGAAUAUUUGUAUUGACUUAUUUUAGUGUAGUUAAGGCUUAAUAACUUCUGCAAGCUUCGCUGCUACUGGAAAAGGUAUUAAUGUAGUUUGUUGUUAUACAUUUAGAUGUUUGAAUGUUGUUGUGCAUCCACAGCUCAGAUUUCAGAAACUAUGAAAUAAUCUGUCUUCUGCAUCUAACUUGACUUAAUCUUUUUUUUUUGAUUGAAUUAUUCAUUUGUAAAUCAAUUUGAGUCAAAGUUUCAGUACUUUUGUAAAUCAUUUGGAAUGAUGUCAUGGGCCUGUACUACUGUAGAUUGUCCCUUUUUUUGAAUUAAUUGAAGGUAAAUGUA